UGUAACCAAGUGGCUCUGGAAAGAUGAAUUUUGGUUUCCUUCAGGAUUCACCUGGGAGGACAUGAAAGAUACUGAAGAGAUCCGCUACCCUCAGCCCCGUCACCUCCUCCUCAGCAUCCCUUUUACAGCUCUCCUCCUCAUCCUCCGGGUUGUCUUCCAAAGGACCAUUGCGCUUCCUCUGGGCAGAAAAAUGGGACUAAAGGAAAAAGUGCGAAAGAAAGUUUCUCCAAAUGCUGUGCUUGAAGCUUAUUACAGGACACACCAAAAGCAGCCUAAAGAGAGGGACCUGAUAGGACUGGCCAAACAGUGCGACCUGCAACCCCGGCAAGUGGAAAGAUGGUUUCAAUCCCGUCUCAAGCAAGAUCAACUCAGCUUGACAGAGAAAUUCUGUGAAGCCAGUUGGAUGACCACAGUCACAGGAACUACCUCCAUCAUCGGCCUGGCUAUCCUCUAUGAGAAAUCCUGGUUCUGGAAUGACCGUGAGUGCUGGAUUGGGUAUCCGUGCCAGCCACUCCUGCCCUCUAUCUUUGCCUACUACAUGCUGCAGCUUUCCAUCUACUGUUCCGUAUCCAUCCUCCUCCUUUUCCAACGGAAGAAGAAAUUUGACGAGCAACUUCUCCACCAUGCUGCCACCAUCUUCCUCAUCUGCUACUCGUAUUGUGCCAACUACCUCCGUAUUGGAACCCUGGUUAUAUUCAUACUUGAAAGUUCCGCGUGUUUCUUGGAUCUCACGAAGGUCUUCGUCUACGUAAAAUGGCAACGGACUAGUGAAAUUUCCUUUAUCUUAUUUGCCAUCAUGUACUUGUCUGUUCGCAUUGUAAUUUUCCCCUACAAAGUGCUCUACAACACAUAUUAUUACACCACGGAGCUCAUCAAACCCUUCUUUGGCUACUACUUCAUGAAUGCCAACCUGAUGGUCCUACAACUGCUCAGCAUCUUCUGGGCCUUUCUCAUCUUCAAGAUGAUGUACAAGUUCCUUCAAUUUGGCACGAUGAAAAAAGACAUAAGGAGUGACUCAGAAGACAAUAACAGUGAUGAAGAAGAGACAGAACAGAAGGAAGCAAGUACUGAAUUGUGCAUGUAAAGCCUUCCAAUGAGGCAAACUAUGGCCCUGGGGCCUUUGGGGAUUGGAUAAACACUACACAGGAAAGGCUGAAUCCUCUCCUCUUGCUCCUGCCCUGUGGCUCCUCUCCAAAUCAGAGGAGUGGAACCACAGUGGGCAAUUAGUUCUCCACAUCACCUAUCACAUAAAAAGACUGUCUAGUUUGACUCUAAUUGGACUAGUACUCUGAGGGCCAAACUGCAAAUGAUGCCUGACACUAGUUGAACACCUGUCAGCUUCCCUCAAGUUUUGGUAGGAAAUGUAGACAAUUGGGUGGAAUGUUGGACAAGUGACAGUUGAAAAGCCCAUUGGACAGCAGUCAAGAGCCAAGCUGCAAGACCAGGAUGCCUACAUUUCCCAUCAAAAUUGGAGGGAAGCUGACAAGUGUCCGACCUGUGUCAUUUAUCACUUGUAGCUUGGCACUGAGUUAGUACAGGGAGAGAAGAAAACUAUUAGAAAUAGUUAUUUAUAUUUGCUAUCGGAGUCACCCAGUCAGAAGAGUUUCUUCUAAUAUGCAAAAUCAAAAAGA